GGAGCCACAUUUAGCGGUUCAUUUUUUUCUUUUUUUAUUUUUCGCUACAAACCAAUUAAUCAGUCUCUUUCUCUUGGGUUUUAGCAAUAGCUUGCUGUAGAAAAAGUAGGAAUUUUCAAAAAUGUCGGGAGCAACUGUAAGAGGGUUGAUGCUACCAAAACCAGUAACAUUUGUGACUGGAAACCCAAAAAAAUUAGAGGAAGUUAAAGCCAUUCUUGGUCAAUCCAUCCCUUUUCAAUCUCUCAAACUCGACUUGCCAGAAUUGCAAGGAGAGCCUGAAGAUAUUUCUAAGGAAAAAGCUCGUUUGGCUGCAAUUCAGGUUAAUGGACCUGUUCUCGUUGAAGAUACUUGUUUAUGCUUCAACGCUCUUAAAGGGCUUCCUGGGCCUUACAUCAAAUGGUUUCUUGAAAAAAUUGGUCAUGAAGGUCUUAAUAAUUUGCUGAAGGCUUAUGAAGAUAAAUCAGCAUAUGCUAUGUGUGUGUUUUCUCUUGCCCUUGGACCAAGUGCAGAUCCUAUCACCUUUGUGGGGAAAACUAUGGGUAAGAUUGUUCAAGCAAGAGGGCCGAACGAUUUUGGCUGGGAUCCAGUUUUUCAGCCUGAUGGAUACGAGCAGACUUAUGCUGAAAUGCCAAAGGAAGAGAAGAACAAGAUAUCGCACCGGUAUCGAGCUCUUGCAUUGGUUAAAUCCCAUUUUGCUGAGGCUGGAUACACUUUUCACCCACACAAUGCUUAAUAACAAGCAUCAAUUCUGAGUCAUGUAAUUGGUCACAAAAUUUUUAAGCUAAAGAAAGUAAAGAUUAUGGAUAUUUGACUUAAACUUUGAUUAUUUGUUUAAUUUUUAAGCAUCAAUCCUCGAUUGUGGGGGCAUUUUAGUCUUUUUCUUAAUAUCUCUUGCAAUUCAUUAAUUGUUUUGUAAAAUCAUAUUCACAUGGCUGGUAAAGUAUGCACCGACACAAAAUCCUUUAGAUUUUGGGCAAAUACUUGGUAGAUUUUGGUGUUACUUUCUCCAUUAAACCUUUCUAGUCUCUACCCCUUUAAAGUACUUGUAUAACUUAGACUCUCCAAUACAGGCAUACAGUUGAAAGGUAUAAAAAAAGAUUAGUGUUCUUUUUUGUCUC